AUGCUGCUUGAUGGCUUGCGGCACAACAUUCCCAGUUUUCUCACCAUGCUCCAUGCGUGCUGCUCCUUGCGAGAGGCUGACGAGAUCCAUCGGCAAGUUUGUGAGAGCGGGCUGGUUUCUAGCGAUGUCUCGAUUGGAAACGCGCUGGUGAAAACUUACGGGAAGCUUGGCGAGGUGGAGCGCGCGAUGGAAGUGUUUGAAACAAUGGCGGUGAGAGACUUGAGCUCCUGGAAUGCGGUGGUUGCUUCGUACGCUCAGAACGGCUGCAGUGAAGAAGCUAUCGCGUUUUUCUGUCGGAUGCUGCUGGAAGGAGUUUCUCCGAAUGGGAAUUCCUUCGCGGGUGGUGUUCUUAGCUGCGUUUGCGGGGAGAAGUUCUCGAGUCUCGUCCGUGGCUGCGUCGAGGAGGGUGGAUUCGACGCCGAUGCUGCCGUGUCCAAUGCUUUGAUAACUUUCUACUCGAGAAGCAGGGAAGUGGAGAAAGCCAGCGAGGUUUUCCAGCGGCUGGAUCGUCCAAACCUUCUGUCGUGGAACUCUAUCAUCUCAGCCUGCGUCCAGAACGACUGUGCCGAUAGCGCCGUGCUGCUCUUCCGAAAGAUGCAGCUCCAAGGAUUUGCGGCGGAUAAGUUUACACUGACCUCACUCCUGGACGCUUGCCGGUGCUUGUCACUGGGGACGAAAAUCCUGGAGUGGAUCAACACGGAGUUGAAGUUGCAGCUGCAACACGACUCUCUUCUCGGCAUCGCCAUGCUGAAUAUGUUCGCAAAGUGUGGAUGUCCAGCUCGAGCUGGAGAGAUCUUCGACGACACGAUCACCAGGACGAACAGUUCGUGUGACGUAGUGCUGUGGAACGAGUUGAUCAGAUCGUACGUAGACAAUGGCUGCUUUUACGAGGCCAUGCAGAGCUUCCGGAUGAUGCUGCUGGAGGCCGCGGCGUCGCCAAACUCGGUAACUUUGUCUAGAGUCUUGGCUGCGUGUGAGGACGAGCCGUGUAGAGCGAUGGUGGAAAGCUUGGUUAUGGAGUCGGGCUGGGGAUCGGACGCUCAGGUCUCAAACGCACUCGUGAGCAUGCUCGCCAGGAGUGGAUUCGUGGAGCAAGCUUUGGAGAGAGUGAUCCUCCACAAGCAUAACAACGUUGUGGCAUGGACGUCGAUCAUCACAGGGUUGGUGGACAAGGGCUUGCACGAAGAAGCUCUUAAGUUCCUCCCGGUGAUGAGAGUGGAGGGCGUGAGGCCGGAUGGAGUUGCGUUUGCUGCGAUGCUCGGUGCCUGUGCCGGAGCUCUCAACUCGGACCAAGGCAAGAAGAUCCACUCUCAAGUUCUGGAGAGUGGUCUGGAAUCGGACUCGGCGGUGGCGAGCUCGCUGGUAGCAAUGUACGCACGGUGUGGAAACCUGGUGACCGCGUACAAGAUGCUCACGUCCAUCGAGCAAGAACAUCGGCUCGAAGAUCAUCCCAAAGUUCUCGUCGUCUCGUGGAACAACUUCAUCGGAGCUUGCAUCCAGCACGGCCAGCACGCCACGGCGGUGACAAUGUUUCGCCGGAUGCUGCUCGAAGGGAUCGCUCCAAACAAAGUGAGCUUCAUCACCGUGCUUGCGGCCUGCCGCAUGGAGUCCACUUCUCGGCUCGGCCAUCUCGUCCACAGCGCUUGCGAAGAGUGUGGACUCUUCGAGGACGCGUUCGUCAAGACCUCCCUGGGGGACAUGUAUGGAAAGCUCGGAAACUUAGCAACCGCUCGCCAGAUCCUGCGUGCAGUUCCAGUGAAGAGCUUGGUUUCUUGGAAUUCUCUUGUUUCGGCGUUCGCUCAGCACGGCCGUGGAGAAGAGACUGUUGUAUUUCUGUGGGAGAUGCAGCAGGAUGGUAGCAAGCCAAACGCCACCACCUUUGCGAGCGUUAUAAACUGUUCCGUGGAAGCGACCGAAGUUUAUCGCUGGAUUGAAUCGAUGCGAUGCGAUCAUGGCUUGGUUCCUGGCGUGGAGCACCUUCGAGGCGUGGUAGAGAUCUUGGGACGACAAGGAAAGCUGGGAGAAGCGGAGAGGAUCAUUUCCAAGAUGGCGAUGGAGUUUCGAGGUGCGAUGUGGCUGAGCUUGCUGGGAUGGUGUCGCAGGCACGGUGAUGUGAAUCGAGAGAGACUGGCAGCUGAGAGAAUCCUCGAGCUCGAUCCUCUCAACGCUGUUGCUCGACAAGUUGUCACGCUCUUGGGCGAGGCUGACAAGAAAGCGUAA